AAAGCGUACGCGAUUCGGCCGGCAUUCAAUGAGGUUUCAUGUAUCGUAUUAGUCGUGAACGGGCGGCCACAGCGUGACAAUUGAUUGAAACCCAACUACGCGAAGUGUGUUAAAAACGUCAAAGCAAAGCACAGAACGAUAGGCAAACGAACGCUUGAAUGUGCUCAUAAAAUUUUUUGAAUAUUUUGAAUUAAAAAAGCGACGAUUUCAGUAAACGAAAUUAUCAAAAUUGUGUGUGAAAUGAAAAAAUUUUAUUAAAAAUUCAGCGACAGCACGUUUGGCAUGAAAUAUUUUUGAUUAUUCAAAUUUAUAGCAAAAUCAAUAAACAAAAAAAAAAAAAAAAUUUUAAAAAAAAUGUUUUUCGUCUCAAAAACAACCUCCAACCGCCUCCACUGCCGCUUUGCCGCAGCGAAAAUAUUAUUUUUAUUCACAUUAUGCGUCUACUCCUUAGUCAGUGUGCCAAGGUUCGCGCACGCCAUUGAAUCGCUUGAGGAGCCAUCAGCUGCCAGCAAUUCAGUGGAGGAUAAUGAGGAGAGUUUCGUCGCAGAUACUCUGCUGGCGAAAGAUACGGUAUUGAAAAAGAAUCCAGCGAAUAUUGGUAAUAAAUUGAAGGAGUUGUGGGAGCAAAUACCAGAGCACACGUUAAAUGCCGUGGAUAUCAAAAAAUGAAGGAGCAGCUUUUGUUUAGUCGUAGAAUUAUGAUGGCGAUUCUGUCGCUAAGCUAAGAAGGGGUUUAAUUACAGUAAAAAAAGGGAAAAUGAUAAAUGGGAUAUUAUGUCUAACGACACCUGAUUGGGAGCUCAGAAUGUCUUUUUUUCGAUGCAGUAAGCUGAACUUGAAUGUUGAGAUUAAUCAAGAGAACUUUUACCAACGAAAAAAAUUUAUAUAUAAAAUUAAUCUAUAUGUAUUUUAGUAACUAAUUAAUUAUAAAUUAUAAAAA